UAAAACAUCAGGACCACAUGCUGUCAACCUGUGGACACUGGAGGACCAUAUAGGACCAAGGACAGUGUCCAACCUGACGCCCUCAAAGCUCCAUGCAAACAUGCAUUUCUAUAUUAUUGGACUUUAUCUAAGACAGGGUUUUGUAAAAGGUCUGAGAGGAGAAUUCAUUUGUGGUUGACCCCUGGGCAGGUCACAUGUCUCUCAAACAUGACAGGAGACAGUGAGUCAAAAUGUAGUUUUAUUAUUCGAGCUUAUGUCUUAGUCACAUGAUGGAUAUUCCUCAUAAAGUUGUAUUUAGUUGCUGUUUCUGCAGCGGAGGACUGUUGAUCUGGACCUGAUGGAACUCUGAGAUGGCCCAACGGUGCACCUACAGCAGCGUCCAGAUCCCGGACCCUUACCGGCCCGGCAUCUGGACCACCUGCAUCAGGAUCACCAGUCCAACCUCCCUGAUCGGCUCCUCAUCCGGGCCCCCACCUGACUACGACCCUGGCAGCAGGGUUACAGUCACUCCAACCAGGAGCACGGCGGGUCGUCGCUUCACCUGGAGGGCUUUCCUCAUCCAGGACCCCAACCGGCCCGGCGGCCCCCGGAUCAUCCUCCGUAGGACCCCAGCCUCAAAACCCAAGACUGGCUCCUCAACUCUCUGUGACCCUGGGUCUUCUGCUACGUCUCCUCCUUCCUCUUCUCACUCCUCUUGUAUCUUCUCCUCUCCCUCUUCUUCAAGCUCCUCCUCUAGCUCAUCUUCUAGCUCUUCCUCUAAAUCCUCUUCUAGUUCUUCCUCUUCUAGCUCCUCCUCUAGCUCCUCCUCUAGCUCCUCCUUCUAG